AAGAAGAAUUUCCUGGUUGAGAAAGUUGGAACCACACCUCAGUUGGCUAGCAACUUUGAAUAGAGCUUCACGAGUGAGAUACACAUUGCUACUGGAGACUGCCUUCAUGAGGAUAUCUUUGCUGCUUGAAGUGUGCCGAUUGGUUUGACAAAGAAGCAACCGAGGUAAAAACAGAGGCAGUGAGACUCCUAAGAUACAGACCUGAGGAGUUCAACUGUAAGGAAGACAACAGGAAGACUUUAAGGGUUUGGGAGCAUUUGGGACUGGUUUGGGGGGAUGAAACAUUUUCUGGACAAUUUUCAGAAAUUCCUGAACUUCAGAAAUUGAGGAAAAGACAGCAGGUGUGCCUUCCUCUGCAUCUUCAGCUGCCUGCAGGGUGGCGACAGAGAGUCAAGAGCUGAAUUGGAGGAUACCAGGGAUGAGCGAGUUCUGGCACAAGAUGAGUUGCUGUGUGGUGGCCAAACCCCCACCGAAGAAGAAGAGGAGGAAGAUUGAUCGCAGCAUGAUCGGCGAGCCUAUGAACUUUGUCCACCUGACACACAUUGGUUCUGGGGAGAUGGCAGAGGGGUUUUCCCCGUCGGGGCCGAUCCAGGAACAGAUGAGGUCAAAAGGACCAAGCGCAAAUGGCCGCAACAGCUUGUUAUAGCCGCCAAGGAG